GUCUUCUCCCAAGUGCCUGUAGCCUUCAUUCUAGAACCACACAACCGCGAAGCACAAUCCAGCACCACACACAACUCGAUUAUCACCAGCUUCAAGUCAAAUUAUCUUAUCAAAAUGAAGUUCACUCUCGCUACCGUCGCUGCCCUCUUCGGCGCUUCUGCCAUUGCCGCGCCUGCUCCCCAAGAGGACGCGCCCCGUCCGUCGGAGAACAUUGACAUCGCCGACCUCUCCGUCCGCAAGCAGCAGAACGGCACCGUGACCAACGUCAGCUUCCUUCUCUCGGGCGACGACGCCACGGACCUGGCUUGCCAGGGUAACACCGGCGUUCCUUCCGACGUCAUCACCUGCGGCGACUCCAAGUACCGCUUCACUAUCCGCCAGGGCACAGAGACCGAGUUCGCUCUCCGCAUCUACCAUGAGCUCGGCCUUGCGGUCGGCUACUGGGGCGAGGGUGAUGUCUUCACGUACUGCCACGCCGGCGGUCUAGGAGACCUUCUCUGCAACCAGGUUUACCCUACGACCAUUGUCAUCGACAACAACCCCCCUCCCGUCAACCCUUAGAGGAAUUUUUGGUUUCGGUCGGGUGAUCUCUGUACAGCUUAGUGUAGAA